GAUAGUAGCGCUAAUAUCAGGCAUUUUCAAGCUGAGGCUGUAAGGCAGCAGCCUGUUCAUCAGCACAUCCAGGUCCAAGGGACUCAGUUCAGACCGCAGUGCAAUCGCACCUUAGAAUGGCGGCCUAUAGAUUCAACAGGCGGGAACCCUGAGUCAGGGCAUGUACAAGCUCAAGUUCCAAGGCGUCUUGCCGCUAUAGAUGAGCGCCGACAUGUCGAAGAGCCCCCUGCGCCUAGCGUUUCAUUAGGAGGUAAACGUAGACUCCAGCCACAGCCUUCAACAUCCCAACAAGCAGCAUCAACUUCUGGUCAGCGCGAGCCUGUGCAAGAUAAAUUGCGUUGUAAUUUCUGUCCACUGCCUGCAACACGUCAGCGAGUCAGCUAUCCAAUUUUGCCGCAUAGACUUCGCAAUUUUGAUGCGAUCACUGUGGAUAACUUAGUCACAAACUUCUGCAAACGAGUACUAGCAACCUGCCCUGCUGCUCGUCGGUAUGUAAGAAGCAUACAGUCAAUGUCACCAAAUAGUCCCCCAAGUCGCGGGCUACUGAAAAUGCGACAUGGGCCAUUCUGUCCUAUAGAACUAAUACAUAACUGGCCUGAUCCCCCGAUUAGCCAAUCAGUCGAAAAUCUGAUCCCUCUGCCCGAAAAUCUAAAAAGCUGGGAUCCUGUCAGUAUAAAAAAAGCCAAGAAAGCCUAUUGCAGAGAAGUUUUAAAACAUAACCCCGAUGCUCUGGAAGAGUUAACGGGCCUACGGUCGAUAUCACCAGAUCCUCCAAAAACUUCAGAAUCGGCUGCAAUAACAGAUUCCGUGCACCACCAGGACGCCUCCUGUCCAUUAAUUCUUUUUGAUAAGUGCCUCCCAUCUCGUUCUGACAGUCCGCCUAUUAUGGAAAUAGACUCACCUGAUAGUUUGAAGCCUUUUAAGCGUGCCACUCCAAUAAGAAGAAAGAAAGGUGACAGUCUAAAAACACAAACAGGUUGUCCUGGUCUUCCGAAACCUCUGUCGAGUUUGCAGUCAACAUCACAAGGUAUUGCAGGUCCUUCACAACCUACUGACCCUGUGAGUGAGCCACAACAUUCUAUGGGCCAGCAGCCCCACCUAGAAAUUCAAUCCCAACAAGAUUGCCAUCUCUGCUGCACUGCUUCAACGAGUCGGGGUUCAAAUCAUCCAAGAUCGGCGUAUAAUGACAGAUGUUAUGAUCGUGCUGUAGGGAGAAACAUCAUGUGGGGAUUAUCCAGGGAAUUACUUCUAAAUGCGUCUUCGGAUCCUGAGCGUUUAACAAGGGCAAGCUCUGUUUCGCCAGAUAGAUUGUCACCUUCAGAAUCUACUGGGUAUCGCAGUGUGGUAGGGCCCCAAACUAUACAACAUCACCCCCUCUGUAUAGUUCCAACGCUUGAUUGUUGUCCUUACUGCCACAAGUCUCAACAGCACGCUUCAUCAGAGCCAUUGGAACCUCAAAAUAUUUCUGAAAUUCCGUCAUCUUCGCGAUCUUCUGAUUCUGAUAGUAUGGCGUAUGUAAGAAUCACAUGUGAUCACCAAUACGGAUGUCCCGUAGGAAUUCUAGAAUAUUGUCCAGAAUGCAGAGUUGAUCCUACACCUUCCGAUCCGCAUUCUAUAUCUUCCGAUCAGCAUCCUACACCUUCUGAUCAGCAUGUUGAGGCCGUGGAGGUAGAAGAACAACUCCACGAAAGCGGAACAUCACAAAGCCGUCCAUCUACGAGCUUUACUGAACCCACCCCGCAAGAGGACGAGGCGCUAUCCUCACUAAGAAUGAUACAUCAAUAUCUGGAUGAUGAUGAUGAUGAUGAUGAUGAUGAUAAGGAUGAUGAGGAUGAUGAGGAUGAAGAUAUUUCUACUUGGUUAUGAUGGCAUUCGAACGGGGACUCACUUGUAAAACUUCCAAACGGCGCUCCGAAGGCAAAUUUCUGAGUAGUCGCCACUCCAAAGAGUAAAGCAGUUGCAGUUGUAACAAGUAAUCGAAUUAUAAAUAACAUGUUUAGUUAAACCUUUACAGAAAUGGAGUAUCCAUUAAAGGUCUAAGUGUAAAUUAUUUAUAUGGUAAGGGUCGUGAACACCGUACAACAUGCAGGAUGUUGCUAACACGAACAUCAGACUACUAUGGCGUAAUGCUUAUUUUUACCCAUUUAUGUUUUAUUGAAACUGUCUACUUUAUCGUCCCAUACAAAUGGGUAAGCAAAGCGGCAUGAGAUGUAUACAUUUUUUAUUUGUUUCAUAAACAACGUAAACUAUACUAUGUUGUCAGUUUUAUAAUUUUGUAUCUGCACUCCACGGGCUUAGUUCUGCCUAGUAAUUAUUUGUUUCGUCUUAGUCUAAUAUACCUAUUACUAUCAAA